AUGGCAAAUGUAUCAAAAAACAUAUUAGAUGAGUCUUUGAGCCGAAUGACGCAUGUGGACCCCGACAUCUCGAUAUCAACGUCAACUGACGGAACUGAGUUUGAUUUGGAUGAUGACCUAGAGGACGAAACCUUUGAGUUGCCGCUAAAGACCAGAACAAAACUGGCACAAUCCACUAAUUUCGCAGACUUAACGCCCAUGAUCAGUCCGGAUAAGAAAGUCAGAUUUCAAAAUCACAGAGAAUCGUCCCCAUGGCUUCCUUUGUCAGAGGAUAAAAUGAGCGAUUUGGACAGACAGUUUCUAGAUAACCCUAGGAUCGGCCGAACUAUUCGAAAACCUCAUAUCGAAGACGUGCUACUGCACGCACAAAGCUUGAAUCGAUAUCUGGACCAAAACAUGUCGAAAAUAACUUCCUUUCAGGCAGAUAUGUACGACCAAGAGCACGAAAGUUCAUUUCCACGCAGUCACAAUUUUGCCAGCAACGUAGCUACCGCCCCAACGACCCCAUCUGGAUCGGUCUCGAAUUUUCAAUUAAGCGUAGGUGACAGUGGCGAUGCUAUGGACGAAUCUACUUCCGACAACGACGGCCUUUCUGGUGCUGUCCUUCAGAAUGAUAACGAGACUGAGGAUCGCAAAAUAAAGCAACUUUUGUCCACGCAUCAGACGGCCACAUACCCGCUUUCUGAGAAUCUUUCCACUUUCAGUUUAUCAAGAGAUGACCUUCAAUCGAGGAACGACUCUUUGAACUUUGCACAGCAUGUGGAUGCGUCGUCAUAUACCUCGAUCAGCUCGUUAACGAAUGACCUUAUGACCAUGCCAAAUUCCCCGGUAAUACGCAAUACUGAUUUUAUUGAGCCUCAUAUCUCGGUUCCUAGACUUUUGAGCGAACCAGAAAAUGAUUUAGAAUCUAAUGAACAACCUCCAGACAUGAGCUCUGAAGUAGCGCUGGCGUUAUAUACAACGACAAUUACAGCUCUGCUAGAAAUUAGCAAAAACAAUAAUAUUGUAGCGGUGGAAGUUUUGCCAUCGUUUGUGGCGUUUGAAAUGAAAUCGGCUCCCACACUAGCUUACGAAGAAUAUUUGCAGCGGCUUCAAAUGAAGUUUUCAUUUGCGCCAGUGGUGUAUCUCACAGCAGCGCAUCUUCUACAAAUCCUGGCGCUUCACAGGAAUGCUAGCGACCAUCAUUUAAGUUGUAAAUUUAGGUUGGAUCUGCGACAGGUACACCGACUUGUCAUAGCCAGCAUAAGGCUUGCCACUAAGCUGCUCGAAGAUUGUGUCCACUCGCACACUUAUUUUAGCCGCAUUUGUGGUAUAUCUAAAAGGCUUCUGACGAAACUAGAAGUCUCAUUACUUGAGUGCUUACAAUACGAGGGACUCAAGAUUACGAAUAAAAGUUUAAUUAACGCCGCACAGACGCAUCAAGAACUGUGCGAGAUGACUAAAUAG